AUGCCAAACUCUGCAGGAUGCAUGGAACUCCCCACAAACCUUCGAAUUUCUUCCUGCCGAGAUGAUAAAUCCGACUCCGCAGAAUCAGACUUGCGACCCGUACACACCCAAAGAUCGCCCCUGUACACUUGGCAACUACCCGGUGUACUCGAUUAAUGUCACGGGUGCAUCGGACGUCGUUGCUGGCAUCCGAUUUGCUCAGAAGAACAAUAUCCGACUAACAAUCAAGAACACCGGACACGACUACCAGGGUAAAUCCGUCGGCGAAGGCUCAUUGUCUUUAUGGACAUACAACCUGAAAACGCUGCAGGUCAUAGACCGCUAUCAAGGGCCAUCGAAUCAAACGAAUGGUAAAUACUCGACGAACACAUAUAAUGGCCCUGCGGUCAAAUUGGGACCAGGUGUAAUUGGCGGCAAUGCCUAUACCGCGCUCGCUGCGAGAGGCUAUCGAGUUGUGGGCGGAUCGUGUCCGAGUGUUGGAGUUGCUGGUGGGUACACGCCCGGCGGCGGCCAUUCAUUGCUGAACAGCAAAUAUGGAAUGGCGGCAGACAAUGUUCUAGAAUGGGAAGUCGUCACAGCCCGUGGCGAGCACCUCAUUGCGACGCCAACGCAGAAUGAAGAUCUCUAUUGGGCUCUCAGCGGUGGCGGGUCUGGCACUUUCGCAGUCAUUCUCAGCAUGACCACCAAAAUAUACCGCGAUGGGCCGGUUGCAGGCGGUACUCUCUCCUUCACCGAUGAGGGGAUCGAUGUGGAAACCUUUUGGAAUGGGACAAGCGCAUAUUUCCGACGUAUGCCCGAAAUUGUUAAAGGGGGGAAUACAUUUUCCAUGAUUCUAAGCCACCAUCUGUUCAGUCUCGUCGGUAUGACGUUCCCGGACCAAAAAGAGUCUGCAGUUGAAUCUACAUUGGCGCCAUUUCUGAAUGACCUCAAGAGCUUAGGCAUCAACUACACAUUUACAACCACGUCCGACGAGACAUAUACGCAACAUUUCAAUGCAACCUUCGGUCCGCUACCUUACGGCGCUUACCCACCCAAUACCCUGUUUGCCAGCAGAAUGAUCCCACGAUCAGUUGUGGUGGACCCAGAGGCCAACCGCAAAGUAGUGCAGGUAUACCGCGAUGCGCUUGCGGGCGACUACUUCAGUCUUGGGUGCCACACCUUCACUUCCGAACAUGCUUCCCACCCUGACAACUCUGUCCUGCCUGCUUGGAGGGACGCUGCUGCUCUCUGCAAUUAUGUCGGCAAUUGGGACUGGUCUGUUCCGCGGUCUGUAAUGGAUGGCCGAAAACAGGCGCUGGCCGACAUUUGGGUGCCUGCUAUUGAGGCAGCCACGCCAAAUUCUGGUAACUACCUCAAUGAAAUAGAUUCACUUUACAAAGGCGACUGGAAAAAAGAGCUCUAUGGAGUAAAUUAUCCAAAGCUCUUAAAAAUCAAGAACAAAUACGAUCCGCAUCAUAUAUUCUACGCCAAGACAGCUGUUGGGUCCGAGUCCUGGACCCAAGACAGCGUCGGCAGACUCUGUCAAGCUUGAGAGACAACCAGGUAUAACAAGAAACUUACUUAGAUCUGUGGAGUUUCAAUGGUCACCGCGACCGUUGGUAUAUGAUUCGUUAUCUGGGUUCUUUUAUAAACACCGGUUGGUUAUGGCAGCUUUUCUUAGAUUUCUAGAUAUUUUCUUAGAUUUUCUUGAUAUGCAUCUCUUAGAUUUUCCUUGUAUAUUUUGUUAGAACCUUUUCUUUAUACAAACAUAGAAGUCUAAAGACCGCAUUUUAUUUCAAGUAAUUAUGGAAGAUUGUCCGUUCUUGAUCAGCAUAUUUAAGGCCAUUGUCAAAUAAGAAAUUUGGAACUAAUUCCUAACGGCAACCAUAAAUAUGACUCAGUUCGCAGUUAGAAUAUACUUACAUAUAAUUUCGCACGUUACUCUGUAUCUCAAUUAUCGUCAUGGGAAAGAGAAGGUUCAGGAGGUUUCACUUGAGCAAUUCAGAAAUAUGUAACCUUAAAAAUUAAAUCCUGG